AUGGAAAGAGUCAACAGCACACUGUUGACUGAGUUCAUCCUGACAGGAAUUCCCUACUCAAUCAGGCUAGGAAUGUUUCUUUUUGUGUUCUUUUUGUUCAUCUACAUCUUGACUCAGCUGGGGAACCUACUUAUUCUAAUCACUGUCCAUGCCCACCCCAUAUACAUCUUUCUUGGUGUUCUCUCCAUCAUUGACAUGGGCAUCUCCUCCAUCAUUGUCCCUCGCCUCACGAUGAAUUUCACUGUAGGCAUCAAACCCAUCCCAUUUGGUGGCUGCGUGGAUCAGCUCUAUUUCUAUCACUUCCUGGGCAGUACCCAGUGCUUCCUCUACACGCUGAUGGCCUAUGACAGGUACUUGGCAAUAUGCCAGCCCCUGCACUACCCUGUGCUCAUAACUGCUAAGCUGAGCACUUUGCUUGUGGCUGGAGCUUGGGUGGCAGGGUCGAUCCAUAGGGCUUUCCAGGCCAUCCUAACCUUCCGCCUACCUUACUGUGGGCCCAACCAGGUGAAUUACUUCUUCUGUGUGGCUGUGUUAAGACUGGCCUGUGCAGAUACAACAGUCAACAAGCUAGUGACCUUUGUGGAGAUUGGGGUGGUGUUUGCCAGUUGCUUCUCCCUGAUCCUCCUGUCCUACAUAAAGAUCAUUCAGGCCAUCCUGAGAAUCCGUACAGCUGUUGGGCGGCACCGGGCCUUUUCAACCUGUGGAGCCCAUGUAACCCUGGUCACUGUGUACUAUGUGCCCUGUGCCUUCAUCUACCUGAGGCCCGAAACCAACACCCCCCUGGAUGGUGCAGCUGCCCUAUUCCUCACAGCCAUCACUCCCUUCCUCAACCCCCUUAUCUACACUCUGUGGAACCAAGAGGUGAAGCUGGCCCUAAAGAGAAUGAUAAGAGGCCCAGGGACUAAGAGUGAGGUUUGA